AUGGCUAGUAAAGAUGUAGACAUAGGAAAGUUGUCACUGGAAGAACCUACAGCAGAUUGGAAAGAUUAUUUACGUCUUAACAUGAUAAGCGAUCGAAGAACACAGUCGUACGUUAAAGCAGCCAAAAUUAUUGUGCUGUUUCAAGGCCCAGUAUGCCAAGAACGAAAAGAAUCUGACAGUGAAUGCAGUUUUCAUGACAGUGAACGCAAUUUUCAUGGCAGUGAACGCAGUUCUGAUGGUGAAAGCAGUUUUUAUGACAGAGAACUCAGUUUUCAUGACAGUGAACUCAGUUUUCAUAAUAGGGAACUCAGUUUUCAUAAUAGUGAACUCAGUUUUCAUAAUAGUGAAUGCAGGUUUCAUGGCAAUGAACUCAGUUUUCAUGACAGUGAACUCAGUUUUCAUGACAGUGAACGCAAUUUUCAUAGCAGUGAUAGCAGUUCUGAUGGUGAAAGCAGUUCUCACUGUGAAUGCAGUUCUGAUGGUGAAGACAGUUCUGACUGUGAAUGCAGUUCUGAUGGUGAAGACACUUCUGAUGGUGAAGACAGUUCUGAUGGUGAAUGCAGUUCGGAUGGUGAACGCAGUUCCGACAAUGAAUUGAAUUCUGAAGAACCCCCCAGAAAGAAAUAUAAAAUUUCGAGUCUUACAUACCGAAGAACAAAGAUGCAUGAUGCCGUUUCCUGUUGGGAUAUCAUUACUCUUAAAGAGAUUCUUCAGAAUGAAAUGCACUUGGUAGAUGUGCAAGACGAAUACGGAAAGACAGCCUUACACAUAGCUGCCGAACAAGGGAAUAAGCAAAUAGCAUUACUGCUGUUGUCUGUGGGUGCUGAUAUGAGCCUGCAAGAGCAAGCGGGCAUGACCGCUCUCCAUAUAGCUUUGAAACAUAGCUACGAAGAAACAACAAAAGUUCUUACCAACGCAAACGCGAAGUAUGACAUACAAGAUAAAAAUGGUAAGACUGCCUUGCAUUAUGCAACAGAAAAGAAAUAUGUAGAAGUUGUAAAGAAACUUUUAGCUGCUGGUGUUAAUACCAGACUUCAAGACAAAUCGGGAAAGACAGCCCUCCAUGUAGCUUUGAAAAAGCGUAGCCAAGGUGCAGCAGAAUUGCUUGUCGAGGCGGAGUCGGAAAACAACAUUCAAGAUAAGGAUGGAAAGACUGCAUUACAUUAUGCAUCAAAACGCGAUUAUGAAGAUGUUGUAAGGAAACUGUUGGUUUCAGGUGCUAAUACCAGUCUUCAAGACGAAGCGGGAAGGACAGCCCUCCACGUAGCUUUAAAAAAUCAUAGCCAAAAGGCAGCAGAAUUGCUUGUCGAGGCUGACUUGGAAAACAACAUUCAUGAUAAGGAUGGAAAGACUGCAUUACAUUAUGCAUCAGAGUGCGAUUAUGAAGAAGUUGUAAGGAAGCUGUUGGCUUCAGGUGCUAAUACCCGUCUUCAAGACAAAGAGGGAAAGACUGCCCUCCACGUAGCUUUGAGAAAUCAUAGCCAUAAUGCAGCAGAACUGCUUGUCGAGGCUGACUCGGAAAACAACAUUCAAGAUAAGGAUGGAAAGACUGCAUUACAUUAUGCAUCAGAGCACGAUUAUGAAGAAGUUGUAAGGAAGCUGUUGGCUUCAGGUGCUAAUACCCGUCUUCAAGACAAAGAGGGAAAGACUGCCCUCCACGUAGCUUUGAGAAAUCAUAGCCAUAAUGCAGCAGAAUUGCUUGUCGAGGCUGACUCGGAAAACAACAUUCAAGAUAAAUAUGGAAAGACUGCCUUACAUUAUGCAUCAGAGUGCGAUUAUGAAGAAGUUGUAAGGAAGCUGUUGGCUUCAGGUGCUAAUACCCGUCUUCAAGAUGAAGCGGGAAAGACGGCCGUCCAUGUAGCUUUAAAAGAGCGCAGCAAAAAGGCAGCAGAAUUGCUUGUCGAGGCAGACUCUACAAACAACAUUCAAGAUAAGGAUGGAAAGACUGCAUUACAUUAUGCAUCAGAGCGCGAUUAUGAAGAAAUUCUAAAGAAGCUGUUGGCUUCAGGUGCUAAUACCCGUCUUCAAGACGAAGCGGGAAAGACGGCCCUCCAUGUAGCUUUAAAAGAGAGCAGCAAAAAGGCAGCAGAAUUGCUUGUCGAGGCAGACUCUACAAACAACAUUCAAGAUAAGGAUGGAAAGACUGCAUUACAUUAUGCAUCAGAGCGCGAUUAUGAAGAAGUUGUAAGGAAGCUGUUGUCUUCAGCUGCUAAUACCCGUCUUCAAGAUGAAGCGGGAAAGACGGCCCUCCAUGUAGGCUUAAAAGAGCAUAGCAAAAAGGCAGUAGAAUUGCUUGUCGAGGUAGACUCUACAAACAACAUUCAAGAUAAGGAUGGAAAGACUGCAUUGCAUUAUGCAUCAGAGCGCGAUUAUGAAGAAGUUGUAAGGAAGCUGUUGGCUUCAGCUGCUAAUACCCGUCUUCAAGAUGAAGCAGGAAAAACGGCCCUCCAUGUAGCCUUAAAAGAGCACAGCAAAAAGGCAGCAGAAUUGCUUGUCGAGGCUGACUCGGAAAACAACAUUCAAGAUAAAUAUGGAAAGGCUGCUUUACAUUAUGCAUCAGAGCGUGAUUAUGAAGAAGUUGUAAGGAAGCUGUUGGCUUCAGGUGCUAAUACCCGUCUUCAAGACAAAGAGGGAAUGACUGCCCUCCACGUAGCUUUGAGAAAUCAUAGCCAUAAUGCAGCAGAAUUGCUUGUCGAGGCUGACUCGGAAAACAACAUUCAAGAUAAAUAUGGAAAGACUGCUUUACAUUAUGCAUCAGAGCGCGAUUAUGAAGACGUUGUAAGGAAGCUGUUGGCUUCAGGUGCUAAUACCCGUCUUCAAGACGAAACGGGAAAGACGGCCUUCCAUGUAGCUUUAAAAGAGCGCAGCAAAGAGGCAGCAGAAUUGCUCGUCGAGGCAAACUCUACAAACAACAUUCAAGAUAAGGAUGGAAAGACUGCAUUACAUUAUGCAUCAGAGCACGAUUAUGAAGAUGUUGUAAGGAAGCUGUUGGCUUCAGGUGCUAAUACCAGUCUUCAAGACGAAACGGGAAAGACGGCCCUCCAUGUAGCUUUAAAAGAGAGCAGCAAAAAGGCAGCAGAAUUGCUUGUCGAGGCAAACUCUACAAACAACAUUCAAGAUAAGGAUGGAAAGACUGCAUUACAUUAUGCAUCAGAGCGUGAUUAUGAAGAAGUUCUAAGGAAGCUGUUGGCUUCAGGUGCUAAUACCCGUCUUCAAGACGAAGCGGGAAAGACGGCCCUCCAUGUAGCUUUAAAAGAGAGCAGCAAAAAGGCAGCAGAAUUGCUUGUCGAGGCAAACUCUACAAACAACAUUCAAGAUAAGGAUGGAAAGACUGCAUUACAUUAUGCAUCAGAGCGUGAUUAUGAAGAAGUUCUAAGGAAGCUGUUGGCUUCAGGUGCUAAUACCCGUCUUCAAGACGAAGCGGGAAAGACGGCCCUCCAUGUAGCUUUAAAAGAGAGCAGCAGAAAGGCAGCAGAAUUGCUUGUCGAGGCAGACUCUACAAACAACAUUCAAGAUAUGGAUGGAAAGACUGCAUUACAUUAUGCAUCAGAGCGCGAUUAUGAAGAAGUUGUAAGGAAGCUGUUGGCUUCAGGUGCUAAUACCCGUCUUCAAGACGAAGCGGGAAAGACGGCCCUCCAUGUAGCUUUAAAAGAGAGCAGCAGAAAGGCAGCAGAAUUGCUUGUCGAGGCAGACUCUACAAACAACAUUCAAGAUAAGGAUGGAAAGACUGCAUUACAUUAUGCAUCAGAGCGCGAUUAUGAAGAAGUUGUAAGGAAGCUGUUGGCUUCAGGUGCUAAUACCCGUCUUCAAGACGAAGCGGGAAAGACGGCCCUCCAUGUAGCUUUAAAAGAGUGCAGCAAAGAGGCAGCAGAAUUGCUCGUCGAGGCAUACUCUACAAACAACAUUCAAGAUGAAGAUGGAAGGACUGCAUUACAUUAUGCAUCAGAGCGCGAUUAUGAAGAUGUUGUAAGGAAGCUGUUGGCUUCAGGUGCUAAUACCAGUCUUCAAGAUGAAGCAGGAAAAACGGCCCUCCAUGUAGCCUUAAAAGAGCACAGCAAAAAGGCAGCAGAAUUGCUUGUCGAGGUAGACUCUACAAACAACAUUCAAGAUAAGGAUGGAAAGACUGCAUUACAUUAUGCAUCAGAGCGCGAUUAUGAAGAAGUUCUAAGGAAGCUGUUGGCUUCAGGUGCUAAUACCCGUCUUCAAGACGAAGCGGGAAAGACGGCCCUCCAUGUAGCUUUAAAAGAGAGCAGCAAAAAGGCAGCAGAAUUGCUUGUCGAGGCAGACUCUACAAACAACAUUCAAGAUAAGGAUGGAAAGACUGCAUUACAUUACGCAUCAGAGCGCGGUUAUGAAGAAGUUGUAAGGAAGCUGUUGGCUUCAGCUGCUAAUACCCGUCUUCAAGAUGAAGCAGGAAAAACGGCCCUCCAUGUAGCCUUAAAAGAGCGCAGCAAAAAGGCAGCAGAAUUGCUUGUCGAGGUAGAUUCUACAAACAACAUUCAAGAUAAGGAUGGAAAGACUGCGUUACAUUAUGCUUCAGAGUGCGGUUAUGAAGAUGUUGUAAGGAAACUGUUGGCUUCAGGUGCUAAUACCCGUCUUCAAGACAAAGCGGGAAAGACUGCCCUCCACGUAGCUUUGAGAAAUCAUAGCCAUAAUGCAGCAGAAUUGCUUGUUGAGGCUGACUCGGAAAACAACAUUCAAGAUAAAUAUGGAAAGACUGCCUUACAUUAUGCAUCAAAGCGCAAUUAUGCAGAAGUUGUAAGGAAACUGUUGGCUUCAGGUGCUAAUACCCGUCUUCAAGAUGAAGCGGGAAAGACGGCCCUCCAUGUAGCUUUAAAAGAGAGCAGCAAAAAGGCAGCAGAAUUGCUUGUAGAGGCAGACUCUACAAACAACAUUCAAGAUAAGGAUGGAAAGACUGCAUUACAUUAUGCAUCAGAGCGCGAUUAUGAAGAAGUUCUGAGGAAGCUGUUAGCUUCAGGUGCUAAUACCCGUCUUCAAGAUGAAGCGGGAAAGAUGGCCCUCCAUGUAGCUUUAAAAGAGAACAGCAAAAAGGCAGCAGAAUUGCUUGUCGAGGCAGACUCUACAAACAACAUUCAAGAUAAGGAUGGAAAGACUGCAUUGCAUUAUGCAUCAGAGCGCGAUUAUGAAGAAGGUGUAAGGAAGCUGUUGGCUUCAGCUGCUAAUACCCGUCUUCAAGAUGAAGCAGGAAAAACGGCCCUCCAUGUAGCCUUAAAAGAGCACAGCAAAAAGGCAGCAGAAUUGCUUGUCGGAGUAGACUCUACAAACAACAUUCAAGAUAAGGAUGGAAAGACUGCAUUACAUUAUGCUUCAGAGUGCGGUUAUGAAGAUGUUGUAAGGAAGCUGUUGGCUUCAGGUGCUAAUACCCGUCUUCAAGACAAAGAGGGAAAGACUGCCCUCCACGUAGCUUUGAGAAAUCAUAGCCAUAAUGCAGCAGAAUUGCUUGUCGAGGUAGACUCUACAAACAACAUUCAAGAUAAGGAUGGAAAGACUGCAUUGCAUUAUGCAUCAGAGCGCGAUUAUGAAGAAGUUGUAAGGAAGCUGUUGGCUUCAGCUGCUAAUACCCGUCUUCAAGAUGAAGCAGGAAAAACGGCCCUCCAUGUAGCCUUAAAAGAGCACAGCAAAAAGGCAGCAGAAUUGCUUGUCGAGGCAAAUUCUACAAACAACAUUCAAGAUAAGGAUGGAAAGACUGCAUUACAUUAUGCAUCAGAGCGUGAUUAUGAAGAUGUUGUAAGGAAGCUGUUGGCUUCAAGUGCUAAUACCAGUCUUCAAGACAAAACGGGAAAGACGGCCCUCCAUGUAGCUUUAAAAGAGAGCAGCAAAAAGGCAGCAGAAUUGCUUGUUGAGGCUGACUCUACAAACGACAUUCAAGAUAAAUAUGGAAAGACUGCAUUACAUUAUGCAUCAGAGCGCAAUUAUGAAGAAGUUGUAAGGAAGCUGUUGGCUUCAGGUGCUAAUACCCGUCUUCAAGAUGAAGCGGGAAAGACGGCCCUCCAUGUAGCUUUAAAAGAGGGCAGCAAAAAGGCAGCUGAAUUGCUUGUCGAGGCCGACUCGGAAAACAACAUUCAAGAUAAAUAUGGAAAGACUGCAUUACAUUAUGCAUCAGAGCGCGAUUAUGAAGAUGUUGUAAGGAAACUGUUGGCUUCAGGUGCUAAUACCCGUCUUCAAGACAAAUUGGGGAAGACAGCCCUCCACGUAGCUUUAAAAGAGCGUAGCCGAGAUGCAGCAGAAUUACUUGUCGAGGCUGACUCGGAAAACAACAUUCAGGAUAAAUAUGGAAACACUGCAUUACAUUUUGCAUCAGAGCGCAAUUAUGAAGAAGUUGUAAGGAAGCUGUUGGCUUCAGGUGCUUAUACCCGUCUUCAAGAUGAAGCGGGAAUGACGGCCCUCCAUGUAGCUUUAAAAGAGUGCAGCAAAAAGGCAGCAGAAUUGCUUGUUGAGGCUGACUCUACAAACGACAUUCAAGAUAAAUAUGGAAGGACUGCAUUACAUUAUGCAUCAGAGCGCAAUUAUGAAGAAGUUGUAAGGAAGCUGUUGGCUUCAGGUGCUAAUACCCGUCUUCAAGAUGAAGCGGGAAAGACGGCCCUCCAUGUAGCUUUAAAAGAGGGCAGCAAAAAGGCAGCUGAAUUGCUUGUCGAGGCCGUCUCGGAAAACAACAUUCAAGAUAAAUAUGGAAAGACUGCAUUACAUUAUGCAUCAGAGCGCGAUUAUGAAGAUGUUGUAAGGAAACUGUUGGCUUCAGGUGCUAAUACCCGUCUUCAAGACAAAUUGGGGAAGACAGCCCUCCACGUAGCUUUAAAAGAGCGUAGCCGAGAUGCAGCAGAAUUACUUGUCGAGGCUGACUCGGAAAACAACAUUCAGGAUAAAUAUGGAAACACUGCAUUACAUUUUGCAUCAGAGCGCAAUUAUGAAGAAGUUGUAAGGAAGCUGUUGGCUUCAGGUGCUUAUACCCGUCUUCAAGAUGAAGCGGGAAUGACGGCCCUCCAUGUAGCUUUAAAAGAGUGCAGCAAAAAGGCAGCAGAAUUGCUUGUUGAGGCUGACUCUACAAACGACAUUCAAGAUAAAUAUGGAAGGACUGCAUUACAUUAUGCAUCAGAGCGCAAUUAUGAAGAAGUUGUAAGGAAGCUGUUGGCUUCAGGUGCUAAUACCCGUCUUCAAGAUGAAGCGGGAAAGACGGCCCUCCAUGUAGCUUUAAAAGAGGGCAGCAAAAAGGCAGCUGAAUUGCUUGCCGAGGCCGACUCGGAAAACAACAUUCAAGAUAAAUAUGGAAAGACUGCAUUACAUUAUGCAUCAGAGCGUGAUUAUGAAGAUGUUGCAAGGAAACUGUUGGCUUCAGGUGCUAAUACCCGUCUUCAAGACAAAUCGGGGAAGACAGCCCUCCACGUAGCUUUAAAAGAGCGUAGCCGAGAUGCAGCAGAAUUGCUUGUCGAGGCAGACUCUACAAACAACAUUCAAGAUGAAGAUGGAAAGAGUGCCUUACAUUAUGCAUCAAAGUGCAAUUAUGAUGAAGUUGUAAGGAAGUUGUUGACUUUGGGUGCUAAUACCCGUCUUCAAGAUAAAUCAGGAAGGACGGCCCUCCAUGUAGCUUUGAAAGAGCGAAGCCAAAAAGCAGCGGAAGUACUUGCUGAGGCAGAUGCCGAAAACAACAUAAAAGAUGAAGAUGGAGAGACUGCUUUGCAUUAUGCUUCAGAAAAUGCAUAUGUAGAAGUGGUCAAGAAGCUUUUGUUUUGUGACAUGAAUCCAUGUGUGAAUAAUAAUAAAGGGCUGUACCCUUUGAAAGUUUCUCUGAAUAAAGGAAAUAAUGAUGUUGCAAAAAUUAUUCUUUCGAUGUGUGCUCUGAGAGAUAUUUGUAUUGAUUGGAAUGACGUGGGUCUUGAGAAUGAUUAUAUUAGCUACUUUGUAUCCCUGCUUUCGGAAUUUGAAGCUGAGUUACAGCGGAUGAAGCAGACAAAGUUGGACAAAAAUAUUCUCUCUCUGCAUGAUAUUUCUUGUAGACAUAUAAGCAAGGUAGCACGAUGUCUGAGGAAGGAAAACGGUCAUAGUGUUUUGCUUGUGGACAAAGCUGCUUUAAACUUUCCAAAUUAUGGCGAAUUACUUUCUUUCAAAAUAAGGAGGGCUGAAAGGAGACGAAUCCUAAAUGGUCAGUGUUGGCAAUGCUUCGCUUUUUUGUCUCGUAAAUUACCUCUACUGCCAUGGUUGUGCAUCGAAGUCAUAUUAGCUUUUUUGAGUGAGCAUGAAAUGAAAAAUUUUGUUAAGGCUUUCAUAGUUGAAUCUUAA